UCUCAAACUUAAUUAAAUGAUUCCAAAGCUCUUUCUCUCUCUCCAACUCCUCCUAGCUCCUUUCAAACUCUAUUUAAAAACAAGCUUAGCCCACUGCUUUCUCCCAUGCACUUGUCUUCAACCCGCCCAACACCCUUUCUUUACCUCCCUCCCUCCUCUCUCUCUCUCUCUCUCUCUCUCUCUCUCUCUCUCUCUCACACACACACACACACACACACAUUUUUCUUCCUCGUUCAUCUCUCCCUUAUCUCUCUCUUUCUCCAUAACUUGUCUCAACCACUGCCCUUUUUGCACCCCUUUUAAGUACCCCCUCCCACACUCCAUAUACAUCUUCAAGAUAACAUAGUUUUCUCACAAAUCAUCUCUCUUUCUCUCUCUCUCUCUCUCUCUCUCUCUCUCUCUCUCUCUCUCUCUCCAUAAGAAGUAUUCUGACAAUGUCAAGCCGAAGGUCGCGCUCGAGGCAAUCGGGAGGAAGUUCGAGAAUCAGUGAGGACCAGAUGGCCGAUCUCGUGUCCAAGUUGCAACAACUCGUACCUGAGCUCCGUAGUAGGCGCUCAGACAAGGUCUCGGCUUCGAAGGUACUGCAGGAAACAUGCAACUACAUAAGGAACUUGCACAAAGAAGUGGAUGACCUGAGUGACCGUUUGUCUGAGCUUUUGGCUUCAACAGACACCGAUAGUGCUCAAGCAGCCAUUAUUAGGAGCCUACUUAUGUAACAUAGGAAUGUGAUCUUCUGUAUCCUGUCUUUACUUUGUUUCUCUCUAUCCUCUUCUAUCUAUCUAGGAUUUUGGCUAGUUGGCCAAGAUAGGGUUGAGCUUGGCCUGUAGCUAGGAGUAAUUAUCUAGUGAUCCUGAGGCAUGGUCCCCUGCUGCCGCCCAGUCUUCUUAAUCACCACACAUUAUACUAAUCGUGUGGUGCUUAAGGAUCCUCGGGGUGAUAUGUGGCCAUGUUCGAAGAGCAACUAAUAAUUUUUCCUAUCCUUAGCUCUUUCGAAUGCUUUAGCUAUAGGGCCUCUUGUAGUAGUACUUAACUAGCUCGUAUUAUAUGUAAAAAUAAUUGUUUUUUGCUUUUUGA